AUGGGCGCGAUGGUGGAGGCCGCGCGCGGCACGGGCCUGAGCGUGCGCCGCGUCCGCGACAUCGGGCCGGACUACGCCAUCACGCUGCGCGCCUGGAGGGCGGCCUGGGAGCGCGAGAAGGAGGCUGUGCUGUCCCUAGGCUACUCCCAGCGGUUCUGGCUGAAGUACCAGUUCUACUUUGCGUACUGCGAGGCGGCCUUCGACGCAAAGGAUGUCUCCCCUCUGAUCUAA